UUAAUUUUUUUGUCUCAAAGCAUUGUAAAAAAAAAAAAGGUUCAGUUUUCCCUCAUAAAAUCAUUAGCAUGACCUAUAUCUCAAACUUCCAGGACUUCCUAUAUUUCCUCUUUUUCGCAACUGUAGUGAUACUGAGGUGAUUCAGGCGCUUAGUCAUUUAAUUCCAAUAUGUGAUGAGUCACUAAACCACCUACUGAGUAGGAGUAAAAGGAAGAGGUCACUUAUAUCAAGUAAUAGAGGUGGAUUGGUUAAGUAAUGUAGAGUGAAUCAUGAUUCUGCCAGAGGUUGACUAAAUUAAAAUAACAAAACAAAUAUUGUAUCCACAACUUCCUGGUAGUGAGAUUUUACAUUUUUUAUCCAGCUGUGAAGAAAAAACACUGUGACCCACAAAAGCUAACCUCAUUCUCCACCUCUGCUUUUCUCUUCUCUCGCCUAUAUCUCGUCACCUGUCCCACCCUGAGGUGAGAAGGCCUUACCUUGGCCUCUAUCCCCUCUUUAGACAACCCAAUGGGGCAGAACCGAGCCACAUAAGAAGGGAUGAAUGAAUUUGUGUGCCUGGAAAGCCAUGGCGUCAGAGCCCAGCACCCAGUCCAGGGUGAUGUUCCAGGCAGCGGAUAAAACACAGGAGCCGGCUCACCGCAAGCUGGGCAAGCUGACGGUCAAAUACGACCGCAAAGACCUGCAGAGGAGGCUGGAUAUCGAGGAGUGGAUCGACGGGCAGCUGCACCUGCUGUUUGACUGUGAGGAAGAAGAGAUUCCAGAGUUAGAGAUCGACAUAGAUGAGCUCCUGGAGCUGACAGAUGAGGGCCAGAGAUCCAGGCUGCAUGAGUUGUUGCAGGAGUGCGGGAAGCCAAAAGAGGAUUUUAUCAACGGGCUGCUCUACAGGAUAAAGGGUCUACGCAAAAUGUCAGGUCCCUUGAAGAAAUAAUCAUAGGUCAAAUAAAAAAUUGAGACAACAUGGAGCCUCUUAUCUUCCCACUACCCAUGCAUUAACUGUUUGGAAGCCUGUAUGUGCGCUUCAUAUGUCUGUGGGACUCUUUCUGCCUCCCCCUCCUUGGUCAGCAUCAGCCGAACACCAGAGCAGUCGGGUUUUGAAUGGAUUUAUUUUUUAUUAUUAUUUAAUUUAUGGACUGCUAUUACAUUUUGUCUCCCAUACACAUACCAAUAAUGCACAUGAGAUAAAAGCUGUACUGACUAUAACUCAGACGGACUGUGUUUUUUGUGUAAGACUGUACAUUUUCAGUUGCCUAUUUAUGUACAUACAUUUUUGCUCUGAUACCAGUGUUGUAUGUUGAAAUAAAAUGGAACGUU